CUAAAUCCUAGAGCCCUAAUGCUGGCGUCCUCCAUCGGUGGCGCCUUGGCGAUUCGCGGCGGCCGGGGAGAUGCUCGUCUUUGGUGGAUUGGCGCACGCGCCUUUGCAGCUCAGAGCUUUGACGGCGUCCAAUCUCUGCGGGAAGCAUUUGCUAUCCAGGAUUCCCAGUAUCCAGGGUCUGCAGCGUUGCAGGCUAGGGAAGAGAGAGAGGAGUCUCUCGACGAUCGUUGCGGAGGUAAUUGUAGGCGGUGAAGUAGAUGGUAGCUUCAAGAAGAGCAGCAAGAAAAAAGUGAAUGACAAGGAGAAAAACGCGAAUGGAGAAAGUCUCUCGAAAGAGGAGGAGGAGGAAGAGGCCUCGACCGCCGGACGAAGAAAACGGAAUGCUGCUAAACUGGCAGGAACACCGGUUAAUGCAGAGCUAGAGCUAGGCAGUGGCUUAGCAAAAGGAAGGAAGCGCGUCACGAAAAAAAUCCAGGAAGCAAUUGCUUUGGGUGGCGAGGAGAAAAGCGUCGCAAAAACCAACCUUUCGAAAGGGGAGGUGGAAGAGGCCUUGACAUCCAGGAACCCCGGACGAAGAAAAAGGAAUGCUGCUAAACCGGAAGCUGGCACGGGUACACCGGUUAAUGGAGAACUAGGCAGCGGUGUAGCAAAAUCAAGGAAGCGUGUCACGGAAAAAAUCCAGGAAACGACUGUGCAGGACAACGCUGCAAGAAAAGAUGGCGAAUCCAAUCUAUUAGAAGCAGAAGGCUCAACGAUCAGGAAGCCUACCUCCAGGAUAAUGAGAAGUUUGUCUCGGGCAGCUGACGAUGGUACCAGUUUUAGCAAAGAAGAUUCCGGGGACACUCAUGGAGAUGAAAAGCCUGUUGCUAGAAGAAGGAAGCCAUCUAGUGAAAGCUCCGAGACAACUAGAAAGCGAGGGACGAAAAGGCACGAACUUGAAGGUGUCCAAAUGGCCGAGGUGACGACGGAGGAUGCCAUUCUAAUUUCCAGCAAUGAUAGUACGACGGAUGAUGCGAUCCAUAUGGAGGGUUCUCGUUCGAGCUCGAGCUGCGAUUCUUCCACUGCUCUACCUUUGGAGGAGGCAGCUGUGGACGCGUCUUUGACACGAAACAGCGGCCAGGAAUCCAAAGGUACGGUGAAACAGGAACAAGUUUUAGUUGAUGGGACCAAUGGAACAGCUUUACAAGUUCCUUCCAGGUGCAGUGUUGAAGGUUCCGAGUGUCCGACCUUCGAUCUUUCCCAGGCUAUGGAUUCAAUGGCCACCGAAAGCUCCAAGCCAGAAAAUCUCAGCAACGUGAAAGUAGAAACUUUUCCAGACGUGUGCUCUCAGUGGGACCAGGCGAAUUCAGCUCGGCCUCUCUACUUGGAAAUAGAGAAGAGGAGAGUAGAAGAGCAAGAAAGGCGUGCAAGCUCUCCGUCACCUAGAAAGAAAAAGUUCAAUCUCGUGUCCGAGGUCAGGUUUACGCUGGAUACUUGCUCGAAGUUUGGAGACGUCAACGGAGCUCUGUCUGCUUACAGCUCAAACAGAGAAGCUGUGAAGUUCGACCUCUACAACUACAACGUGUUGCUGUAUUUGUGUUCCUCCGCAGCAUUGGGAGUUUUGGCACCGGGCAAGCAAAGCAGGCAAAGGCCUGAUUUUUCAGAUAAUCAAGCUGAGAAUGGACUGGAAGCUUAUGCGGAAGAUGAAGUGGAAGAAGAUGGUGUUGUUCUGCGCGGCAACAUGGCUGGCCUGAGCGGAAGAAAUGUAAUGGGAUUUACGAAGGAGAUGAUGGACGGGUUCCUGAGGAAAGGACUGGAAAUCUUCGAGCAGAUGCAAGCAGAGAACGUGGCACCAAAUGAAGCAACUUUCACAGCUCUUGCAAGGCUUUCAGUAGCAAAACGUGACGGUGACUUGGCCUUUGAAAUCGUGAAGGCGAUGAUAGCUGCAAAGAUCCCACCCAAGCUCCGGUGUUAUGGUCCUGCUUUGUACGUCUACUUCAAGCGGAACGACGCGGAAAAGGCUUUCGAAGUUUACAACCACAUGCUCGUUCAUGGUGUUCAACCCGAGGAGGCGGAACUGGAAGUUCUUUUGCAUCUCAGCUCGAAAGCCUGUCUUGGGGAUCGAGUGUAUUUACUCCUCCAUCACCUUCGAGAGACUGUCAGGGAUGUCUCGCAGUCAACUGUCAGUGUCAUCGAGAGAUGGUUCAAGAGCGAUUUCGCUGGUAGAGUCACAGGAAAUUCUCUGCCGGGAGACUUUGACGUCAGAUGCUCAUCUCUUGCGAAAGGAGGGGGCUGGCAUGGCUUGGGAUGGCUGGGACAGGGAAUAUGGAACGUUGGAUAUACGUCGCUAACCGCAGAAGGCGUGUGCUGCCGCUGCAACGAACAAAUGGUUACCAUCGAUAUUACUCCUGAAGAUACCGACGUUUUUGCGAAGUGCAUUGCCUCCUUGGCGUUCAAAAGGGAGAGCAAUAACAGUUUUGGUAUUUUCAAGGAUUGGCUGGACAGGAAUGGACCUUUCGAAACAGUCGUCGACGGAGCAAACGUGGGGUUCUACAACCAGAGAUUCAACGGAGAGCUGAAUUUUGCACAGCUGGAGACCGUAGUGGCAGAUGUACAACGACGAUCUGGCAAGUGGCCUCUUAUCGUGCUGCACGUUGGAAGGACGAUGAAAGGCUCGGGCAGAUCGAGCUACGCUCAACAGUUACUGCGGCACUGGUCUAAUGCAAAGGCCUUGUACAUAGCACCGGCGGGAUCAAACGACGACUGGUACUGGCUGUAUGCUGCUGUCAAGUGCAAGUCGCUGCUGGUUAGCAACGAUGAAAUGAGAGAUCAUAUCUUCCAGCUGCUGGGAAGAGAAUUUUUUCCCACUUGGAAAGAGCGGCACCAGGUUCGGUUUCACGUUACAAAGCAUGGCCCAGUGUUUCACAUGCCACCGCCAUACUCAAUUAUCAUCCAGGAAACCGAGAGGGGCUCGUGGCACAUACCUGUAAGUGGUGGGGACGAUAUUUCAUCUCCUCGGAAAUGGCUUUGUGUUACAAGAGGCUCCAGAUAGGCACAGGUUGAGUGUUCGAUUCACUCACGUCCACUUUCGUUGUAGAAAAUAUCAACGUUAAGAGUCUCUCACAUCAGGCUACCUUUCCAAAAAAGUCGGAAGACAAACCGGUCUUAUAAC